GGCGCACUUAAUCAACGCUUCUCAUCAAAUGUCAAAAGCAACAUUGCAAAAAAAUUUGAUUAAACAUCGUUUUUCGAAUUAAAGUUAACAAUUAAUUAAAGUUAUGCCGGUCGUAGAUGUGCCGGUUAAUCCCCCACCGGAAAAUCAGGAAGAACCGGGUCCAAUCAACCCCGUUGUUGGGAUAAUUUACCCUCCCCCAGAGGUUAGGAACAUCGUCGAUAAAACUGCAAGUUUCGUCGCGAGAAAUGGACCGGAAUUUGAAGCCCGGAUUCGCCAAAAUGAAAUUGGAAACCCCAAGUUUAAUUUUCUCAAUACCGGGGAUCCUUAUCAUGCUUAUUAUCAACAUAAAGUUAAAGAUUUUCAAGAGGGAAAAGGUCAAGAACCAACUUCUGGAUUACCUGCGGCAAUAGCAAAACUAUCAGUAAAUGUUUCCGCCCAACAAAAACAACAAGAAAUCUUAAAAUUUGUUGAACAACCUUUUGUACCUAAAGAACCGCCAACGGAAUUUGAAUUCAUAGCUGAUCCACCUUCGAUUUCAGCCCUCGAUUUAGAUAUAGUGAAACUUACAGCUCAAUUUGUGGCACGUAACGGUCGGCAAUUUCUCACCCAAUUGAUGAAUCGGGAACAAAGAAAUUUCCAAUUCGAUUUUUUACGACCGCAACACUCUCUUUUCCAAUAUUUCACUAAACUUUUAGAACAAUAUACAAAAGUUUUAAUCCCACCGAAAAGUAUGCAACAACGUUUAAGGGAUGAAGCUAAAAGCGCCCCCGCUGUACUCGAUCAAGUCAAAUAUCGAGCUGAGUGGCUUAAGUAUCAAGAAGCGCAACGAGCUAAAGAAGAAGAAAUUUUAGAACGAGAAAGAGUGGCUUAUGCUCAAAUUGAUUGGCAUGACUUCGUUGUUGUUGAAACUGUUGAUUAUCAACCUUUUGAAAUGGGUAAUUUUCCACCGCCAACAACUCCGGAAGAAGUUGGUGCAAGAAUUCUUAUUCAAGAACGUGUUGAGGAAGGGGAAGAUAUCGAGAUGCAGUUGGAAAGUGAUGAUGAAGAUCAACCAUCAAGAACGGAUGAAGGUUUAAGUACAAUGGAAGAUCAUACAAAUCGAAAACAAAGGGAAGACGCAAAAGAUGAUAAUCGUCUUCAAGAUAUGGAUGAAGAAAGUUCUGGAGACGAAGGUGAUAGUCAUCCGAAUAUACCACAAAUUCAACCUCCACUUCCCCCCGCUCCCGAUAAAGUCCUCGUGAAAAAAUACGAUCCAAAACAAGCCGUAAAAGUAACAAGACCUACUGUUGGUGAUGAUUAUUUAAUAUCCCCAAUAACUGGAGAAAAAAUUCCUGCAAGUAAAGUACAAGAACAUAUGCGAAUUGGUCUUUUGGAUCCACGAUGGGUUGAGCAAAGAGAUAAACAUAUCAGUGAAAAAAUGAAUCAAGAUAAUGUUUACGCUGCCGGUUUUGCAAUCGAUGCUAGCUUGAAGCAACUGGCCGAAAGAAGAACGGAUAUUUUUGGUGUCGGUGAUGAAGAGACAGCGAUUGGUAAAAAAAUUGGUGAGGAGGAUGUUAGAAAAGAUGAGAAAGUCACUUGGGAUGGACAUACUUCUAGUGUUGAAGCGGCUACUAGGGCCGCUAGGGCAAAUAUCACUUUAGAAGAGCAGAUUCAUCAAAUUCACAAAGUAAAAGGUUUAUUACCAGAUGAGGAAAAAGAAAAAAUUGGGCCUAAAAAUGUUGCAUCAAAAGCUGGAAAAACUUCAGCUGUUAUUACAGGGAAACCUCAAGCAAAUCCAAAUCCUGUGCCGAUAAAGCCACCAGCACCUCAAGCACCCCCACAAGCCACAAUUCUUCAAGUUCCACCUCAACCUACCAUGUUAACAGCUCAACCACCUAUUAUGAUGAUGCCAGCACCUCCAAUUCCACAAAUGAGGCCACCACCUUUAAUGAUGGCCGCUCCACCACCUAUGGCAGGUUUUGUAACUCCAAUGCCACCUCAAAUGGGUGGACAAAUACCAAUGGGUGUUAAACACUCUAAUGAGGGCCCUGUCGACGAUGAACCUAUUAAUAAAAAAAUGAGAAACGAAGAUUCUUUGAUACCAGAAGCUGUAUUUUUAGCAAGAAACACCAGCCCGGUUACAAUAAAAAUAACGAUUCCAUUGAAUCCAGAAAAAUCCGAAUGGAAAUUAAAUGGGCAAACUUUGAGUUACACGAUGCCAUUAAGCGAAACUAUCGCUAACGUUAAGGUUAAGGUUCAGGAAGAAACGAGUAUGGCCCCCGCGAAACAAAAAUUAUUUUACGAUGGAAUGUUUUUUAAAGAUUCCAACACUUUGGCUUAUUACAAUAUCGUACCAGGUGCAACUAUUCAAUUGCAAAUUAAAGAACGUGGUGGGCGAAAGAAGUAAAUUAGAAUUAACGUUGGAUUCCGGUCGUUUUACGACGAACGCCAAUGGUAAUUCACCAGCUUCUUCAUCUGGUAAUCCGGUUACAGCCGCGUCUAUUACCG